GCGAAAACGGAAGUAAACAAUGACCAAGAAGCACUUCCACGUCAGCGUUUUUAUUGUUAUUUUAGACGUUUAUUAACACGAGGGAACUCAAAAUAUGACUAAUUUAACUGCACAGCAUCACAUACUUACCCGAUGUUGUAUUUAAUUCGCGUUGGUUUAAGGACUUGGUUGAUAGACGUUAUAUAGGUAACGCUAGCCAGCUAACGUUAGCUAAAAGUAACAAUGGCUAACUGUAUGGUUUUUCACUCUCAAAUAGCCUCCAUCAUGGAGGUGCUAGCGAAUUCAGCCGUGGCAGAUAUCUGUAAACUCGUAGACGACGACUAUGCAGUGUUUCGUUUGGAAAUAACUCAAAGCCAGAAAGAAAACAGGGCAUUGCGGAGGAAACUUCAGCUAAUGGAACUGAAGAUGGCACGGGAGCGCGCAGAAAGGACAAUCCGAGAGCGCGCCCUCGCCAGUCGUCCCAGUAGUGUCAAGAUCCUCGAUCGAUACAGAGGAAUGGCAAGAGGUGAAGGACAUCUCACUGGAGGCCACAGGAGCUUUGCGAAGCCAGCGGGACACAACGCGUGGAGAGAUGACCAACCCAUAUCUAUAGAUGAGGAGAGUGGAACCUCAACCCAGCAUGUUAUUGUGAUAGAGGAGGAGGAGAGUCCAGAGGCGCUGCUGGUGAAGGAGGAGGGGUGUGAGGAGGGUCUGGGGAACCCUGAGGGGACCAUGGUCAUGGAGGACAACCAGACAACACCUCCUCCUGAACCCACAGAGGAACCAGCUGAGCAGCACAGGACCACACACAGUCUCGCUGAGUCAGUAGACAUGGAGGAUGGGAAGCCUGAUCUGCUGCAGGUCAAAGAGGAGGCAUUAGAAGACGGACCAGAGAGCAUUGAUCUGCUGAGUGGAAUAAAGAUGGGGGAGCAAGGUGGUUGGUUGGAGGAUGACAGAGGAGACUGGGCGGCCAUCUUGGAUUCCCAGACCCAGACAGGUGCCGCCAAGGGCCCGCGGGACAACAUAGUGGAGUCUGCAGUCCAUGAGGACCUGCUGAUAUCCAGUGUUGCUGGCGGGAGAGACUGGACCUCUGAAGCGGCAUGUCACAAAACCUGGCCCCUGAUCAGGAUCCUGGAUCAGGAGCCGUCGCUCUUCCUCCCCGAGUCAGAACCGGAACCGAACCGCCAGUGGACAGGUGGACUGAACAACCUCAGUCCUGGUGGUCAUCAGAGAGACGGAGGCUCCAGUCAGGGAUCCAGUCUGCAGCCCAGACCCUUCUCUUCACAGUCUCAGUGCAGGGAUGAAGCAGGGCCUGGGGCUGAUAGAGAUAGACCCUCCUGUUCCUAUGAUAAAAACACCACAGUAUCCAUGAUGAACAGAGCAGGUCACCCUGGGCUUCAGCCUUCACAGAGAGUGGUGGGAGACCCCCCUGGUGGUAGUCUAUCAGCAAGUUUGUCUUCUCCUUCAGGGUCUUGUCUAAUGCCGAGUGACUGGGUUCAUAGAAAUCCUGGGCCUGGGUCUAGCCUUCCUCAGUUACCUCAUGGUUACCCCACCAAUACAGACCGGGUCAGGAUGGGCAUUCACCACGAGAAGUAUUUAGCCUAUAACAUAGCACACAAUCCCAGCAACACCCAAACAAUGGCAAGUGGUCAAGGAGGGAGCUCAAAAACUCCUGCUUCUACCUCCUCUGGUGCCAUUGGGUCACAACGUGGGAGGCCGAAUAUUAGGACUGACUGCGACAAGCCGUACAGCUGCGCCACAUGUGGGAAGCACUUUACUAGGGCAAACUAUUUGAAGGAGCAUCAGACCGUUCACACCAAGGAGAGGCCUUUCAAGUGCAAACUAUGUUACAAGAGCUUCCCCUUCCGGAGUAACCUCAUCAGACAUAGGAGUGUCCACAAUGGGGAGAAAUCAUAGCAGUGUGGCUUGAGAUGUACACAGGUGUUGUCAGGAAACCAUUCUUUAGCUGACAUAGUUAUAUUGUGAAGUGUCUUGGGGUAAGAGGGUAAUUAACCACAUACCCCUUAUUAACUCUUUGUUAACUUGUCAUUUGAAACAGGCUUGCGUAAAUACCUGUUUUUAGAGAGACCAUAAACCUAGGCUAAAACAAGAACAGUUGAAAAUGUACCUUGCUGAGGUGAUGAUGGAAUAAAGUUGUUCUAUGACUUUCUACUCUA